AAGAGUAUCGCUAGUGUUUUAUUCACAGUCUUGCCCAGCAUGUCCGACGACAUGUGCCAACUCUGCAGCUGUCACGCCUCCGAGCAUCCAAGCUUCCAAGGCUGAAGCAUGGCUGAUGAGGGGAAGCUGACAGCCGAAGCCCUUGCGCAGCUGGAGGAGGAUGAGGCACAGCGACAGGAUGCUCCGAAGAAGGAGCACAGGAGACGUGACAAGGGCAAGGAGGUCACAGAUGACAAAGAACGAAAAGGGAGCAAGGAAAGCAAAGUAAAGUCGCCUGAUGAGAUUUUUGGGCCCAGUGAUGCGGAGGGAGAGGAAGAUCAGGAAGGGCAAGAAGGGGGUGAGGAGGAGCCCAAUGAGCAAGAUGCAGAGGUAGAGGAACCUGGGCCUCCAGGAGCACCUACAGGUUUCACCAUGAAGUGGGAUUUUGAAGCAGAAGAAUCACAAAGUCCCCAGGGAGAGGAAACCAAGUUCGAAGACUUGACACUUUAUCACGUUGGGACACAAAACAACGAGGUGGCAAUAAUUGUCAUCCCAGACUUGUGGGGGUGGCAGGCACCAAGAGUGAGACUGCUUGCUGACUACAUAGCAAAAGCUAUUAAUGGGUUUGCUGUAGUACCUCGAUUUCUGGACAACCCACCUUACAAGGAAGGGCCUCACGAUGAUGGUGUGCCUGAAGACUUCUGCAUCAAGAACCUGGAUAAGGACCUGAUGAGCCUGCGUAGUUGGCUGAUGAAGGAUACCUACGAAUUCUUUCUCAUGAAAUUCAAGAUUGCGGCCAACUUUGUACGUCGCACUGCUGGUGCAAUCAGGAUUGGUGUUGUUGGCAUUGGCUGGGGUGCAUGGAUGGCUUGCUACGGUGCUGAGUCGUUGCAGGCGGAGUUUUCCUGUGCUGUGUUACACACCCCGCUUCUGCACAUCCUGGGCGCCUGGGACGGCGUGAGCAUCCCACGAUUGAUUGGGAAGUUUGGUGGGCCUGUCCUUUUUACGCUGCCCGCAGAAGCGCCAAAAGAGUAUGAACGAGGAGGAGAGUAUUUUGAGGUGAACGAGGCAUUAUUUCGCAGGCAGACUGAAUGUGACGAUUUCAGAUCCAUGCCUUAUGGCUUCGUGUGUACUGGAGACAUGUCCGACUCCAGAGAACAACAGGAGAUUGUCCGUGCAUUCGAGCGCACUGCGCAGUUUCUUCGAAAAUUUCUUUGGCCUUUCCCGCUAGGCGGGGGCUACGCAUACUUGAGGUAUCUUGCGGGCAAGGGCGAUGUUGAAGCCAUGAAAAAGCUAUUGGACAUGGGUGUGCCAGCUGGUGGUCGCGAUAGCCAAGAUGAGAUUGAGCAGGCGCCAGUCAUUUACGCUGCUAGGGAAGGCUUUGCACAAGCUUGCAAGGUCCUGGCACAGUACCAGGCGGAUGUAAACGAAGUGGGUGGAGUUGCCCGUGAAACUGCACUGCAUGUGGCAGUUCAGCACAAUAAAGUCAGGGUGGUGCAGACGCUGUUGAACUUGCAAGCAAAUCCGCAGCUUCAAGACUCUUCCGGCCAAGCUCCUUUGCACAAAGCAGCUCGUGAUGGAACUGUGAGUUGUUUGCAAACUUUGAUAGCUGCGGCUGCCAUGAUAGAUCCAAGGGACACUUGUGAGCAGACACCUGUGCACAUAGCAUGCUUCUUUGGACGAGAGGAUAUUGUUUCCAAGCUAUUCACAGCCCGGGCAGAUGUUGUUGCAGAGAACAUCCGUGGACAGACUCCCCGGAAGGUCGCAGACAGGCACAGCUUCUCCACGCUUGUACAACUGAUUGACAAGGAAAUCGAAAAGAGAGAGAUUGAAGAGCAUUAUGCUAAUGAAGAGCGAGAGAAGGAGGCUCAGCAAGCCUUGAAGGCCAUCGAAUUUGAUGAGAGGCCUAGCUCCAAAGCCUCCAAGCGUAGUGGCCUCAGCAAACAAUCAUCCUCACGACCUGGUACAAGAGAAAGCCACAGGUCGAAGAAAAAAUAGAGACGUGUCAAAGUCACAUGUCCCUGUCAGAACAUUUAAACUACGG